AUGAAUGCCACCAGUAUAGCUACAAGACUCCUGGACUCCAGGACUCCCGUUCUCCAGUACUCGAGGAAUCUAGGAUUUUGGGUGUGGAUUGAGUUGUUCGUCCUGGACGAGCGGAGUCCAGUGGCAAAGCUCUCUGCCCGAAAUCAAAUCUUCAGCAAUCUGUUCUCCCAAAUGCCUGUGCGGCGCACACUGCCCCAAAAAAGGAGGUUGAUUGUGGGCAGUGUAAGUGCCUUUUCAUUCCUGGAGAUCCUAGCUACAAUGCCUAAGGAAUCCAAGAGAGGGAAAUCCUCCCUAGAUGAAGCAGCAAUUGAUGCGGAAAUAAGUGAUCUUCUCCAACAAGUGAUCGCAAUGGAUGAUGACGAAACCACCCAGACUGAACCACGGCGCCGCCUUGGGGCCCAACCUUCAGCCUCACAAUGCACUCAGGACAGUCAAACCACAUCUUCCCACGACUCGAAAACCGAAACAUUGGAGCCGCAGCCGACGAAGCCCACCAUGAGAAUGGUGGACGCGCCCGAAACCAUUAUCGAACUGGUGGACCUGUACGUUCCGCCCCCGUCGCCGUUUUUUUUUCAGCCAAGCCCGCUGUUCUUCAUGGGCAUACCGCCGUCUGCCGGGUGGCUGCCCAACCACCAGCUCCCGAUUCAGCGCCCCUUCCACCAGCAACAGCCGCCCAUCUUCCCCUACCCGAAUGCAAUGGGUGGGUCCCCACCGGACACCCCGCGCCGGGGUCGAGUGUUGACCCGAGGAUGCAAGAGCGGCCGGAAGCCAGCUGAAAGCCGCGGGGGCAGGGGUGGCCGGAUUGGACGUGGUGCCCGUCGUGGCCGUGGAGGCCCUAGAAGCCGUGGAGGCCCUGGAAGCCGUGGAGGCCCUGGAAGCCGUGGGGGCCCUGGAAGCCGUGGAGGCCGUGGAAGCCGUGGAGGCCGUGGAAGCCGUGGAGGCCGUGGAAGCCGUGGAGGCCCUGGAAGCCGUGGAGGCCGGGUUAGCCGGGGUGGACGUGGUGGUGGCCGUGCAGGGACCCGGGGUCGAGGCGGUGGGCGAAAGCGCAAGGAGCCAAGUCCUCCGCUGCCACCACUGCCGCCGCCGCCGAAUUACUUUAAAAACUUUUUAAAUCCGUUGGAGAACGAUAUAUUUCCGAGGGUCAUUGUACAGCCUGCCCACCGGCCCUGGCGGAUACCUAAGAACCUAAACAAUGUUCCACCGCCGAGAGGAGCCAGCCUGGGGGGAGCGCCAAUGGCACGCCCGGUGGGCAACAUCACGCCCGCCGCCGCCCAGCUGUUACAGAACCUGAAGCUCUUCGGCCCGAACGUGACCAUCUUCAGACUGGGAGGUCCGGAAUCCAAUCGAUUUCGGGCGGUGUUGCGGCAACCGAACGGCCAGCAACGCCAGAUGGUCUUCACUGCCGAGCAGUUGCAGUCGUUCCGCAAUAAGAUACGCUUUCAAGCACGACCCCGUCCGAUUCAGUCACGACCCAAUCCACCUGCCCUGCGUCCUCCGCCGCCGAAUCCCAAGCCAGCACCGAUGACCACAGCGAUAAAAGGUGCAGAGUUGCAGAAGCCCCAGCUCUUCAAGAUGCUGCCGCCGAGAGCGCCGCCGCCCCAGCCACCGGCCUAUGCCUAUAGAUAUUCCGGACUACCCCAGGCCACGGCGGCACCUCUGACUCCAUUUCCCUUCAAUCGCGAACACAUCCCAGCUCCAAAUUAUCCAGCUCAACCAGUUGCGCCAGGACCUACUACUGCCCUUUCCACUUCUACUGCCCCUGUCCCAGCCUUUGCCCUUGCCACUGCUACUACCCCUGCUCCUGUACCUGUCCCUGUCCCUGACCCUAUCCCUGUCCCUGACCCUGCCACUACAACAGCCACUCCCACUACCACAGCCUCUGACACUGCCGCGGCCGCUGCUCCUGAGCCUAAACCCCAACCAGUACCCUUACCGGAACCUGAGCCUCACCCAGUUCGUUACUCGCCAUCAUCUUCGACCUAUCGAUUUCGCAACAUACCAGUGUCCCCGGCCGUUCCCGCGAUCCUCAAGCACAAGUCCCAACUGAAGCUACUCCAAACCCGCCAGGCCAAGGCCAGGGCCAGAGCCGCAAAGGAGGCCCAGGAAGCCAGGGAGGCGGCGUUGGCGGCGGCGGCGGCCGCGGAUGCAGCAGCUGCCCGUGAACAGGCAUUGAAGCGUGAACGGGAAAGCGAACGGGCCCAGGCGGCUCAAGAUCCCCAAACAUCCGCCCAGGCAGCCGCGAAUAGUCUGCUAGCUACCUUCAAUCAGGACAACAAGGACCAGGGUCCCGUACAGUAA